GGAUGCGGGCGAGGAGGUCCGCGGGAGCCAGGCCAGCUUCAUGCAGCGGCAGUUCGGGGCGAUGCUUCAGCCCGGCGUCAACAAGUUCUCGCUGCGGAUGUUCGGCUCGCAGAAGGCGGUGGAGCGGGAGCAGGAGCGCGUCAAGUCGGCGGGGGCCUGGAUCAUCCAUCCCUACAGCGACUUCAGAUUCUACUGGGACUUCACGAUGCUGCUCUUCAUGGUGGGCAACCUGAUCAUCAUUCCUGUGGGCAUCACCUUCUUCAAGGAGGAGACCACAGCACCCUGGAUCGUGUUCAAUGUGGUCUCUGACACCUUCUUCCUGAUGGACCUGGUGCUGAACUUCCGGACAGGGAUUGUCAUUGAGGACAACACGGAAAUCAUCCUGGACCCUGAAAGGAUCAAGAAGAAGUACCUCAAGACCUGGUUUGUGGUGGAUUUUGUCUCCUCCAUCCCCGUGGACUAUGUUUUCCUCAUUGUGGAGAAGGGCAUAGACUCGGAGGUCUACAAGACCGCCCGUGCCCUCCGCAUCGUCCGCUUCACCAAGAUCCUCAGCCUCCUGCGGCUCCUCCGCCUCUCCCGGCUCAUCCGCUACAUCCACCAGUGGGAGGAGAUCUUCCACAUGACCUACGACCUGGCCAGUGCAGUGAUGAGGAUCAUCAACCUCAUUGGCAUGAUGCUGCUGCUCUGCCACUGGGACGGCUGCCUCCAGUUCCUGGUGCCCAUGCUGCAGGAUUUCCCCCAGAACUGCUGGGUCUCCAUCAAUGGGAUGGUGAACGACUCCUGGAGUGAGCUGUACUCCUUUGCCCUCUUCAAGUCCAUGAGCCACAUGCUCUGCAUCGGCUAUGGGAAGCAGGCUCCCGAGAGCAUGACGGACAUCUGGCUGACCAUGCUGAGCAUGAUUGUGGGGGCCACUUGCUACGCCAUGUUCAUCGGCCACGCCACCGCCCUCAUCCAGUCACUGGACUCCUCCCGGCGCCAGUACCAGGAGAAGUACAAGCAGGUGGAGCAGUACAUGUCCUUCCACAAGCUGCCUGCCGACUUCCGCCAGAAGAUUCAUGACUACUAUGAGCAUCGCUACCAGGGCAAGAUGUUUGACGAGGACAGCAUCCUGGGGGAGCUCAACGAGCCCCUGCGUGAGGAAAUUGUCAACUUCAACUGCCGCAAGCUGGUGGCCUCGAUGCCGCUGUUCGCCAACGCAGACCCCAACUUUGUCACGGCAAUGCUCACCAAGCUGAAGUUUGAGGUGUUCCAGCCGGGUGACUACAUUAUCCGUGAGGGCACCAUUGGCAAGAAGAUGUACUUCAUCCAGCACGGGGUGGUCAGCAUCCUCACCAAGGGCAACAAGGAGAUGAAACUCUCUGAUGGCUCCUACUUUGGAGAGAUCUGCCUGCUGACCCGUGGCCGGCGCACAGCCAGUGUCCGUGCAGACACCUACUGCCGCCUCUACUCGCUCUCAGUGGACAACUUCAAUGAGGUGCUGGAGGAAUACCCCAUGAUGAGACGGGCCUUUGAGACCGUGGCCAUUGACCGCCUUGACCGCAUUGGGAAGAAGAACUCGAUCCUGCUCCACAAAGUGCAGCACGACCUCAACUCAGGUGUCUUCAACAAUCAGGAGAACGAGAUCAUCCAGGAGAUCGUCAAGUACGACCGGGAGAUGGUGCAGCAGGCAGAGCUGCAGCAGCACACAGCCAUGUACAGCCCCGUCCAGCCCCAGGUCACCUCUGCCAUCGCCACCCUCCAGCAGGCCGUCGCCAUGAGCUUCUGUCCGCAGAUGGCGAGCCCUCUGGUGGGCUCCAUGGCGCUGGGCUCACCCCGCAUGAUGCGCCGUUUGCAACCCAAGGUGAGGGGUGAUGGUCCAGGACUGGAGGGCUGGGAGUGA